AUGGGUCAAGAAGUCAUCCAUGGCGGAGUUGAGAUCGCUAAGGGAGCUGGAGAUUUCAAAGCCCAAGUGAGGAAGACCUUCGGCCGAGCCAACAGGCUGCCUGGCGACUUCAGUCAGUUGUUGGGCGGCGCCUGCAGGAGGGAGAGAGCACGAGAGGGAGAUGGGAGCAGGGCAGGCGACGCCCUAGGCGCAAUUCGAGCUUUUUUUUGCCAAGCCAGUGAUGAGGGUGAUGUCAUCAAGAGAGGAGGAAUGCUGACUGGUGCCCAAGACGCUAAGGUCUUUGCUCCAGGCGGCAUCAGCGGCGGUGGUCUAUUCGUCCCAAGCGACAGUGGUGACUUGGAUGUAUUGGGUGAUGUUGGCGGAGGUUCAGGCACGUUGGGCAACUCUAGGAAGUAUGCGAGCAAGUCCAGUGGCUCCUUUGGGCGCUUAGGUAGCGUGAGAAAGUGGCCAGGGAAUGAUUUGAACAAGCCGAGCUCAUAG